GACGGACGAGCCCACAUCAGCGGCUUUCCCCCAGUUGCAAGAAAAAAGAACACGCGAUUUCUCCCGCGAUUCUGGAUUGUAAAAUUGCGGUUGAAAUUUCAUCAUUCUACGUUUUGUUUGAUUCGCGUACGUGCUGUGGAAGUUAGUCGGUAGUGAGUUUGCAAGAUGAUCAUCUACACGAACGCCGGAAAUCCGUUCGGAUUGAAGUUGCUGAUCUGUGCCAAAUUCGCCAAGAAGGACGUGCAGGUCAAAACAAUUGCUUUAAAUGAUACCGAGCUGAAGGAUAUGAAGCAUCUGCCGAUCUUGCAGCUGGAGAGUGGAGUGCAGCUGUUUUCCACGGACGUGGCGGUCAAGUAUCUGCUGCAGGGCGAGACGCCCGUCAUCCAGCGGGACGAGUGGUUGGAGUGGUCCACGACUCGGUUGGCUCCGGCAUUGACCCACAAUAUGGCCGUGGGAUCGCGGCAGGAUCCGAACACGAAACCGAUUCUGAACUCUUUGGUGAAGUUCCUGGACGAUUGCUUGAGUCGGAACACGUUUCUGACGGGGGACAAGCUGACGUCGGCGGAUAUUUCCGUUUGGAGUCUGUUGGCCCCGGAUGGCACGCUGAAGGGAGCGCAGAACAUUGAUAAUCUGUUGAGAUGGUACCGGGCGAUUAAUGCCAUGCCGGAAGUGAAGGCUGCCUUGGAGGUGCUUCCGCUGAAGGAGCUCAGUUUUGCAUCGUUGAAGUAUUCCAAUCGAUUCGAGGGACUUCAUCACAUCGUGCUGGAUCCGGAGAUCAUCGAUUUCGAGGGUCAGGUUCUUGUGGACACUUCGGACAACAUUGCGGCUACGGUUCAGAAGGAAGAGAUUCAGGCGGCACGGGAUUCAUUUGUGGCCGUUCAGGAGAGGAGUGUUCCGGACGAGAAGAUUGUAUUGCCGAAGGUCGGUCAGAAGAACAACCUGAUCACUUCGGCUUUGCCGUACGUUAACAAUGUCCCUCACCUGGGAAACAUCAUUGGCUGUGUCCUUUCUGCGGACGUCUUCGCUCGGUACUCUCGCUUGUGCGGUUACAAUACCCUUUAUAUCUGCGGUACGGAUGAGUACGGAACGGCCACGGAAACCAAGGCCUUGGCCGAGAAGCUCACCCCAAAGCAGAUCUGCGACAAGUACUUUGAGAUCCACAACUCAAUCUACCGGUGGUUCGGAAUCGGAUUUGACUACUUCGGGCGAACCACGACGGCCGAACAGACACAGAUUGUCCAAGAAAUGUUCAAGGAUCUGUACGCUGGAGGAUUCAUUGAGACCCGCGCGGUUGAUCAACUUCUGUGUCAGAAGUGCGAUCGCUACCUGGCGGAUCGGUUCGUCGAGGGAACCUGUCCCUACUCGGGUUGUGGCUACGAAGAUGCCCGUGGAGAUCAAUGCGAUGCCUGUGGUAAGCUGAUCAACGCGAUCGAGCUGGUUCGUCCCCGCUGUAAGGUCUGCAACACUUCUCCGAUUAUCCGACAAUCGAGUCAGUUCUUCCUGGAUCUACCGAAGAUCGAGCCGCGUUUGCGCGAGUGGGUGGACAAGGCGGAACACGGAUGGACCCACAACGCCAGAGUUAUUACCCGGGCCUGGCUGAAGGAGGGCUUGAAGUCGCGCUGCAUCACCCGAGAUCUCAAGUGGGGCAUUCCAGUUCCCUUGGAGGGUUACGAGGACAAGGUGUUCUACGUGUGGUUCGACGCCCCGAUCGGCUAUAUCUCGAUGACCAGUCGCUACAGCAAGGAAUGGAAGCAAUGGUGGCAACCAAGCCCCGAAACCAAGGUCGAUCUGUACCAAUUCAUGGCCAAGGACAACGUUCCAUUCCACUCCGUCAUGUUUCCAGCUAGUUUGAUCGGUAUCGACAAGGGCUACACCCUGGUAUCGCACAUCAUGGCCACGGAAUACCUCAACUACGAAGAUGGCAAAUUCAGCAAGAGUCGUGGCAUUGGAGUUUUUGGUAACGACGCCCACGACACCGGAAUUCCGGCGGACGUCUGGCGUUUCUACCUGUGCUCGUCCCGUCCAGAAGGUCAAGACUCCAGCUUCAGCUGGAACGACCUAGCUGCCCGAAACAACAACGAGCUGCUCAAGAACGUCGGAAACUUCGUCAACCGGGCUCUCGUCUUCUGCGAGAAGUGCUUCGAUUCCACCAUUCCUCCGCUGGUCCUGAACGACGAAGACUACACCCUGCUUGCUCUAAUCAACCGCGAGCUCAAGGGCUACGUCCAUCAAAUGGAGAAGGCUCGCCUGCGAGACGGCAUCCGUCACUUGCUGGCCAUCUCCCGCUACGGAAACCAACUCAUGCAAGCCGAAGAACCAUGGGUCCUAGUCAAGGGCACGGACGACCAAAAGACCCGCGCCGGCACCGUAAUCGGAUUGUGCUGCAAUCUGGCCUGCCUCCUUGCCACCCUUAUCUUCCCAUUCAUGCCCUCCACAGCUCGCAAUCUCUACACCCAGCUGAACGUCCAAUCCUGUCACCUAGACGCGGACAAACCUCAAAUGCGCAUCUUCCUGCCGAGCGGCCACAAAAUCGGCAAACCGGCCGUCCUCUUCAAUAAGAUCGACCAGGCCAAGAUCGACGAGCUGAAGAAGAAAUACGCCGGAGCCCAACAGCAACCGGAAUCCAAACCGGCCGCCGCCAAACCCGCCUCGAACAAGCAGUUCACCUCGCUGGUCGAGGCCCAAAAAGCCGUCGACGAGCAGGCCGCCAAAGUGCGCAAAGUAAAAUCCACCGGCGCCGACAAGAGCGUCUGGCAACCGGAAGUCAACAUCCUGCUCGAGCUCAAAAAGCAACUGCAGACCCUCAGUCAACCGCGGACAUCGGAGAGCACUGCUGCCACCCCGGCGGCUCCCACAUCCGCCCCUGCACCGGAAACACUCCAAUCCUUGGAAGCCGAGAUAGCCAAACAGGGUGAGAAGGUUCGCACCCUCAAAGCGGGCGGUUCGGAAAAGGCUGUCUGGCAGCCGGAAGUCACGGUGCUGCUGGCGCUGAAGGAAAAAUUGGCCAAGCUGACUGGUGCUCCGCAGGCGGCGGCUCCCGCCAGCGGUAAGAAGAAGAACAAGAAGUAAGCUGUAAUCGAUUUCAUACUACAUAUUUAUAACGAAUGCAAGCUAUCGUCUUCAUCGGAUAUCGUGUGUACUGUAGUAGGUUUACUGUUCAAUAAGGGAAACUUGCGCAUUUUUCGUUGUUUUUCCAUGACCAAUUUGGAAAUAGAAACAGGACGAAUCCUUGCGUUACCCUAUUUGUUAAAAAUGAUUUUGCGAAUAUAAUAAAGAACAAUAAUGCUUA